AUGAGGGCCUAUGCUAGUGCUGGGCUCCUAAUGCUGGGCUUCACCGCUUUGGCGAAUGCCCAUACUACCUUCACUACUCUCUACAUCGAUCGCAAGAAUCAAGGAGAUGGCACUUGUGUUCGUAUGCCGUACGAUGGAGAGACAGCCACCUUCCCUAUACACCCUGUUACCUCUGGUGACAUGGCUUGUGGCCGCAAUGGCACCGAGCCGGUUGCGUUUAUCUGCCCUGCAAAGAAAGGGUCACUGCUCACCUUUGAAUUCCGCCUUUGGCCUGAUGCUCAGAAGCCAGGCAGCAUUGAUCCGGGCCACCUGGGUCCCUGCGCCGUCUAUCUGAAGAAGAUUGACAACAUGUUGACUGACAGCGCCUCGGGUGAUGGGUGGUUCAAGAUAUGGGAAGACGGCUACAACGCGGAGACGCAAAAGUGGUGCGUUGACACACUCGUGGAGAACAACGGUCUGCUGUCUGUAAAUCUUCCUCAGGGGCUGCCGUCGGGAUACUAUCUCGUCCGGCCCGAGAUUCUGGCUUUGCACUGGGCCGCUCAUCGAAACGAUCCGCAGUUCUACCUGGGCUGCGCCCAAAUCUUUCUCGACAGCAACAUCCACGGCCCACUGGAAGUCCCCAAGGAGCAUUUUGCCACCAUCCCUGGAUAUGUAGACCUCGACACGCCAGGCCUCACGUUUGACAUCUACCAGAAAGACAUGCCGCCGUACCCUAUGCCUGGCCCAAAGGUAUUUACCCCCAACAGCUCGCAGUCAGAGGCCAACACGAAUCCCAAUGAAAAACCCAUGGUCCAGACCGUCGGUCUCGUUCCCUCAGACUGCCUGCUCAAGAGCGCCAACUGGUGCGGCAAGCCCCUCGCGCCGUACUCGGACAGUCCUUCGUGCUGGAGGGCCGUCAACGACUGCUUCGCGCAGAGUAAAGAGUGCAAGAAGAGCUCGCCGCCGGUUGGCCUGCGCAACUGCGACCUUUGGAGCGCGUACUGCGAGUCGAUCAACCAACUGUGCACACAGAAUGUGUUCCAGGGGCCGCCGGCCUUUGCUGCGCAGGAAGUGGUUGUGCCGCCGCCGGGCGAACUGCCGGCGAUGUGGAACAAUGUGUUUGAGAAGAAGGAGGGUUGA